AUGUUCCUCCUCGUCGGCCGCUCUUGCCCACGUCAGACCGCUUUCCUCGUCGCCCGUGCUUUCCCUCAUUACCCUCCCCGACCCUCUGGUCGCAUAUGUUCCCGUAGUUGCCCACGCUCUCCCACGUUAACCACACAUCCCCUCGUCGCAAUUGCCAGUAGUAAACAUACAGCGCUUCAGAUCGUCACCCGCGCUCCUCUCAUCACCCUCGUCGACCCACACCGAUCCUCGCCGCCCUCACCUCCCUUGUCACCGACAUUCCCUCUCGUCGCUCGCGCUUCCCCUCAUCACCCGUGCCGACCCUCGCCGCCCUCGCCUCCCCUCGUCGCCCGCGCUUCCCGUCGUCGGGCUUGCCUCCCAGUCACUCGCGCUUCCCCUCGUCAUCCGUGUUUCCAUCCGCUCUUCCCCUCUCCCCAUCUCACCACCUCCAGCCCAUCCUUCCUCCCUCAUUCCAUCCGAAGGGGUGGGACAGAUGGGGAGGAACAGAUGGGGAGGAACAGAUGGGGAGAAACAAAGGUGGUCGCUUCCGCCACCACAAUCGAACAGCGUUUUGAUUCCCUCUCUGCUCCCCACCAUCCUCCCCCCAGCUCUCUCCCCGGCAUCUGCCCCCGUUCCCCCCAUCCUCUUCCCUGUUUCCCCGUAUCCCCUGCCGUGCUUCCCCCCAUCCUAUCCCCUCUUACCCCGUAUCCCCUGCCCUGCUUCCCCCCAUCCCCUUCCCUGCUUCCCCCCAUCCCCUUCCCUGCUUCCCCUCGUCCCCUCCCCUGCUUUCCCCCAUCCCCUUCCCUGCUUCCCUCCAUCCCCUUCCCUGCUUUCCCCCAUGCCCUACCCUGCUUCCCCCCAUCCCCCUCCCUGCUUCCCCCUAUCCCCUUCCCUGCUUCCCCCCAUCCCCUUCCCUGCUUCCCCUCGUCCCUUCCCCUGCUUCCCCCCAUCCCCUUCCCUGCUUCCCCCCAUCCCCUUCCCUGCUUCCCCUCAUCCCCUUCCCUGCUUCCCCUCGUCCCUUCCCCUGCUUCCCCCCAUCCCCUUCCCUGCUUCCCCCCAUCCCCUUCCCUCCUUCCCCCCCUGCUGCCUCCCAUCACUCUCAUUCUCCUUCCUCCCGCACUCACACCUCUCAGUCCUCUCGCACUCUCUCUCUCUCCGUCCUCUCGCACUCGCACUCUCCUCCCCACCACCCUCAGCCCUCCUUCCCCUCACACCCACCCAUGUUCCCACCUGCCCUCCCCAUCCCUGCCUUUCCCUCCCUGCCCUGCCCUUCCCUUCUCCAUCCCUUCUCAAACCUUCCCUUUCAUGUCAUGCCCUCACCUUCCCCCUCAUCUUCCGCCCUCCAGUUACCGUGCAUGUGCACCCAUCACUGUCUCCCCAUACCGGUACAUGCUUUCAUCAUUGGUGAAGCAGAGGAGCAAGCUGAGGCGCAGCUAG